GUGUGUGUGUGUGUGUAUAUCUUGGUUGAAGGAAGUCAAGAGUUGUACACAAACAACCCACUUGUUUGUUUAAGAUGUAAACUUCAUUGGUUCUUCACAAGAGGAAAUGACAGUUGGAUGAAACCCUCCACUAAGUAAAGGGUCUAGCAUGUGUGUUUGUGUGUAUUUGUGCGUGUGUGUGUGUGUACGUCUGACUUUGUAUGUCUAACUCAGAAGGAAGUGUGUCUGCAUUGGACUAUUUCUGUGGGGAAGUCCUCUUCCAGAGCCAGACUUAUCUGCAAAUCUUUCCAAAGUUGUGCUUUGGAUACGCAAACAUGUUGCAGUUCCCCAAUCUCUCAUAAUGUAUUUGAAAUGUAAGGUAAACACCCAUCCUGUCGUGAAGGGGGAACUGAUGCUUGGUCUGGUCUGAACAUGGGAUACUCCUGUUGUUCCCUGGGUAACUCACUUCUGCUUUUAAAUCAAGUCUGAAAAGUGUCCCUCUGAACAGAUCGAGCAUUCUGCAUCUGGCAGUACAGCUUGAAUGUUUGGUGUUUUAGAAGGGACCAUGAGUGACUUGAUCCUCAGAGCUUUCUGUGGCUUCAGGUUGAAGCUGAGGAGCAUUGUGCACAUGCGCCAGGUGGAGAAUGCUGACCCCAACACCGCUGUUUACGCCAACAUCACCGACCUGAAGAAGAGCCUCCCACAACCUCCCCUCGUGCUGCCCGCCACCCCCAUCCCCAUCCCCGGCUCCGCCCCCUCCUCCUGCCUCUCCUCCCCUGGGGCAGCUAGCCCCGCCUCCUCCCAGGAGGGAUGGCAGGUUCACACUGACCAGGACAGCGGGAAGGAGUUCUACCACCACCCAGCCACGGGGAAGACCUCCUGGGCCUCGCCCCUCAGCCCCCCAGCCCUCUCCUCCUCCGUGGAGAUGGACCUCCCCAGGGACAGAGAGGUGCUGCUGGGUCCCUCCCCGGCCCUCUCCCCUGCCCCCUCCUCCGCAUCCUCGCAGAGCUCCGGCUGGGAGCAGCUCCUGGACGAGACCUCAGGGAGACACUACUACUACAACCCCACUUCGGGAGCCACGUCCUGGGGUGUGCCCGAACCCACCACCCCCUCCUCUCCGGGCUCCGAGGCCGCAGCCGAGGACAGGAAGCCGUGCGAAGGGCCGCCCCCUCUCCCGGAGGAAGACUACCCCACAGAGGUGACUGGAGGGCCGGUCAAGCCUCCCUCCGUCCACCCCAGAGAUCCGGCGCCUGUUCCGGGCAGCCGUCCAGUCAUCCCCCGGGCCAGCCUUGACGUGAGCGCCCCAACAGGCUGGACCCGCACCAUUGAGCAGGAUGGUAGGACCCUGUUCACCUGCGAACGCACCCAGGAGCAGUGGAUCAGGUCGGAGGAUGAGAAGGGAAAGACCUACUAUUAUCUGAGAGGUGGAUCCAGGUCACAGUGGAACCUUCCAGAGGAAACCCAGCCUCCGGUAAGAGGAGCGCCUGUCCCCACCCAGUGCCUAGCAGCCCCCAGCCAGCUCCGCCUGGGGAACGGACUGGAGCCAGACGUCCCGCUGCUCCACAAGAACUGGAGACACACCAUCCUGGUGGGGCCCACCCAGUUUGGCCCUCCAUACGAGGACACGAAGUUCUUCCCGACACACAAGCGGAACGCGUCGGACUUCAGCGACGCCAGCUCCGCGAGCUCUCCAGAGAACCCUGCAGCCGCCCACCCUCUGAAACCGCGGAGGAGACUGUCGUCGCGAGCCUCUGCCCCUCACCUCCACAGCCACCUGCUGGAGAAAGCAGGGAUCCUGAACAAGACCAAAGUUGCAGACCACGGGAAAAGACUCAGGAAGAACUGGGGUCAGUCUUGGACUGUGCUGCAUGGAGGAAUCCUCACUUUCCACAGAGAUCCCAAAUCUGCCCCCACAAGCAACUCUAACAAGUCCAACCAGAUCGUGCCUGAGCACACGGUGGAGCUCCGUGGAGCCGGUCUGGCCUGGGCCUCCAAGGACAAGUCCAGCAAGAAGCACGUGGUGGAGCUGAAGACACGUCACGGCUGUGAAUACCUGGUCCAGUACGACACAGAGAGCAUCAUCUGGGACUGGUUCAAGGUCAUCCAGGAGAGUAUCCGACAGCUCAGGACCAUCCCAGAGGCAGCGGACCACAAGCCCCAGAAGAAGGAGCAGGACCUUCUGUCGGAGGAGGAAGAGCCGGAACCCACGGAGAAGUCCCCUCAACCGGCUGACCGAGACGAAAAGGACAGGAAGCGGACCUCCACCAAAGUAGGAUCCGGCAGCCCUGCAGACUCGGAGCAGGGGCGCGUCCGGACCAAGCUGCGCAAGUUCCUGCAGAGGAGACCCACCCUGCAGUCCGUCAAGGAGAAGGGCUACAUCAUAGAUAGUGUGUUUGGCUGUCACCUGGACACCCUGUGUCACAGAGAGAACACAACCGUCCCCAAGUUUGUCGAGAAGUGCAUCAAAGCGGUGGAGAGGAGAGGUCUGGACAUAGACGGGAUCUACAGGGUGAGCGGGAACCUGGCUGUCAUCCAGAGGCUUCGACACAAAGCAGAUCACGAGGAGGACUUGGACCUGGAGGACGGUCAGUGGGAGGAGAUCCACGUGAUCGCGGGCGCUCUCAAGCUGUUCCUCAGAGAGAUGCCCGAGCCUCUCUUUCCCUACAACUUCUUCGACAGGUUCAUCGCUGCCAUCAAAAUCUCUGACUAUAAACAGAAGGUGUCGUACAUGAAGGAUCUGGUUCGGUCCCUUCCUCUGCCCAACCACGACACCAUGGAGCACCUUUUCAAACACCUCCGCAAGGUCGCGGAGUACGGCGAGGUGAACCGGAUGUCGGUCCAGAGCUUGGCCAUCGUGUUCGGUCCCACGCUGCUCCGGCCCCAGACGGAGUCGGGCAACAUCACCAUCCACAUGGUGUUCCAGAACCAGAUCGUGGAGCUCAUCCUCAACGAGUACGAGGUGGUCUUCGCCCCGAGUUGAGCUACCUCAACAUGUACUGUCUGCCCCCUAAGACAAGCCCCAGUCUCUCAGCGUCAAACUUGCUUAUACCUAAAAAGACUGAAUAGGGGUAGCUAAUCCACCCCCCACCCCCAGCCCCACCCCAAAAUGAUGAUAAACAAACAAACAAACGUGGACUGCUCCUGUCAGGUACACGGGUUGCCAGGUAUGAUAACGGAGCGCGAUAUAACCUGCGCUGCAGCAAUCCGGAACCUUCCAAGGUUAACUGUACAGAUUCAACCUCAAGGAUCUCCAAAAACAUGUCUUUGGUACAUAGCCUUCAAGAACACAACGAAGAGGGAAAGGAGGGAUGAGGGAAGAGAUGUUUACCUGACGAAUAAUCAUGACUUUAAGUCCAAUAAGGACAGAUAUCCACAACAGUAGAGUUUAACAUAGAAAAUGUGAGGUGUAACUCUGGAGAGUGCUUUGUGCUGUAUGGAUGGUGUACAAAGGCAUGCCUCGACUAGUGUCUGUAGAGUGAAUGAAUUCCUGGUUAAAUGUGUGUUUCUUUACAAAUAAUAAAUUUAAUUGAAGCUG